AUGGAGUUCCUGAGCGACAAGUUCGGCCUCAAGAGCCCCGCGGCGGCGGCGGGCAAAGGCGGCGAGUUCUACCUGGCCUCCGGGCCCCCGCUGGAGCACGUCAUGGAAGGGCUGGACGGCGGCGGCGGCGAGGCCUUCUUCGGCAAAGGCGGCGGCGGCAAAUGCGUGGCUCAGGCCGCCUACAACCCCCACGCCCGGCUGGACAGGGCGUCCCCGGCCCGGGACGGCUCCGUGAACUACGGGAUUACGAAAGUCGAAGGUCAGCCGCUUCACACAGAGCUGGGCAGACCGCUGGACAGCUGCAGCAACCUCCGGAUGUCUCCAGUGAAAGGGAUGCAGGAGAAAGGAGAGCUGGAUGAACUGGGAGAUAAAUGUGACAGCAACGUCUCCAGCAGUAAGAAGAGGAGGCACCGGACCACUUUUACCAGUUUACAGCUGGAAGAACUGGAGAAAGUGUUCCAGAAGACCCAUUACCCUGAUGUGUAUGUCAGGGAGCAGCUGGCUCUGAGGACAGAACUCACGGAGGCCAGAGUUCAGGUCUGGUUCCAAAACCGAAGAGCAAAGUGGAGAAAGAGAGAAAGAUAUGGGCAAAUUCAACAAGCAAAAAGUCAUUUUGCUGCCACCUAUGACAUAUCUGUUCUACCAAGGACUGAUAGCUACCCACAGAUUCAGAAUAAUUUGUGGGCAGGAAAUGCAGCUAGCGGUUCAGUGGUGACUUCCUGCAUGCUUCCUCGUGACACUUCCUCUUGUAUGACCCCUUAUUCCCAUUCGCCUCGGACAGAUUCUGGGUACUCGGGCUUUUCAAACCAUCAGAGCCAAUUCAGCCAUGUUCCCCUCAAUAAUUUUUUCACUGACUCUCUACUUUCUGGAACGACCAAUGGACAUGCAUUUGAAACUAAGCCGGAAUUUGAACGAAGGUCUUCCAGUAUUGCGGUUCUACGAAUGAAAGCCAAAGAACAUACUGCUAACAUCUCCUGGGCUAUGUAACAUAACAGAAUGUCUUU